AUGUGCAUUGAGUCUACUUUGAAGCAAAUAGAAGCCGUACAAGAAUUUUUUGAGAACUAUAGAAAUGUGGGGUUUUCUUCAAGCUUGAACAGUGCCAAAGAAAUUGCAAAUCAAAUGGGUGUAGAUGCAUUUUUUCCAGUAAAACGUCGUGCUACAAGGAAGAAUCAGUUUGAUGAAAGUAAUACCCAUGAAGAAAUUGUAGAAGCUGAGAAGGCUUUUCAAGUUAAAUAUUUUUAUGUUGUGGUUGAUAUGGCUGUAACUUCUUUGAAGGACAGAUUCAAAGAACUCAUGGUGUUUAAAGAUGUAUUUGGUUUUUUAUUGAGCUCGCGCACCAUGAAGUCAUUAAGUGACAGUGAACUUGAAGGAAGUUGCAGAAAAUUUGCACAAACUUUCUCUCUGGAGGGUGGUUCAUGUGAUGUUGAGGUAUAUGAUCUUAUUUCUGAAUUAAAGAUGAUGAGAUUCACAUUGCCAGAUGGCGUGAAGUCUGCUAUGGAGAUUUUUGAGCAUGUCAGAGAAGUUGAUUGUUAUCCUAAUAUCUCCAUUGCUUACCGCAUCAUGUUUACUGUGCCCGUGACUGUCGCAUCAGCUGAAAGAAGCUUUUCAAAGUUGAAAUUAUUGAAGAACUAUUUGAGAUCAACAAUGACUCAACAGAGGUUAAACGGUUUGGCAACAUUAUGCAUCGAGAAGAAAUUAUUAGAUGACAUCGACAUCGACCCCAUCAUAAGUGAAUUUGCAUCAAGGAAUGCUAGAAGGAAAUUUUAA